AUGAAGGCGACUCCGCUACUCAUCGCGUGGCACAACGACAAUGCCCCCAUCUACUCGGUACAUUUCGAUCCCAAUGGCAAAGGUCGCCUGGCGACGGCUGGAAAUGAUAACAAUGUCCGAUUAUGGAGAGUGGAAUCAACCGGCGAAGAGCGAAAAGUGUCUUAUUUGAGCACGUUGGUGAAGCACACGCAAGCAGUCAAUGUAGUCCGGUUUAGCCCCAAAGGCGAGAUGCUGGCAUCUGCCGGGGAUGACGGUAACGUCUUACUCUGGGUCCCGUCGGAACUACAAACUCAGGGUGGACUGGGAGAGGAUCGAUCGGAUGACCAGGAAACAUGGCGAGUCAAACAUAUGUGCCGUUCAUCUGGCGCAGAGAUCUAUGACCUCGCUUGGUCCCCCGAUGGGGUCUUCAUUAUCACCGGGAGUAUGGAUAAUAUCGCCCGGAUUUAUAACGCCCAAACCGGACAAAUGGUGCGCCAAAUUGCCGAACACUCGCACUACGUCCAAGGGGUAGCAUGGGAUCCCCUCAACGAGUUUGUCGCGACCCAAUCGUCUGACAGAUCAGUUCACAUAUAUACACUGAAGACAAAGGAUGGCCAAUUCACCUUGACUUCCCACGGGAAAUUCUUGAAGAUGGAUCUGCCGGCCAAACGCAUUGCCUCUAGUAGUCCUGCUCCGCCAGAUCCUGCCAUCCGGUCUCAGACAGCCACCAGCAAUGCAGCCGCUAUCACUUCCCCCGCGCCAUCCACCCCCGGCACUCCAAUGGCCUCGAAUCUCCCCAUGGAUCCCCCUCCUGUGUCCCAUAGUCGACGUUCCUCCUUUGGAUCCUCCCCAUCUAUCCGCCGAUCUGCGUCUCCUGCUCCGUCGCUGCCGCUGCCGGCGGUUAAGCCGCUGGAGGUGCCAUCUCCCGGUGUCUUGAGUGGGCUGGGUGUCAAAAACGCCAACAUCUAUGCUAACGAGACUUUCACCUCUUUCUUCAGGCGAUUAACUUUCGCCCCCGACGGUAGCUUACUAUUCACACCAGCAGGUCAGUACAAGACGUCGCAUGUAUCAGCGACGGAUUCUACCAAGACGACAGAUGAGAUCAUCAACACUGUCUACGUCUACACGCGGGCGGGCUUUAACAAACCCCCCAUUUCACACCUCCCCGGCCACAAGAAGCCUUCGGUGGCGGUUAAAUGCUCUCCUGUGUUCUACAGUCUACGACAGGCCCCUCAGCCGGCGUGCCAUAUUACUUUGGACACUUCCUCGGGAGAAGAGGCGUUUGCUUCUCUCCCAGACCCGGUGGUGAGCUCCACGGGGGAGAAUUCCUCGAUAAGGCCGCCUUCGUCGGUUCCGGCAGCUGGUGACCUUCCAUCCAAAAAUAGCCAGACCUCGAAAGACGAGAGCCCCCUAUCUACCCCCACUCCAACACCUGUUUUCAAUCUCCCCUAUCGAAUUGUAUAUGCCGUGGCUACACAGGAUGCCAUUCUGGUCUACGAUACCCAGCAGCAGACGCCGAUCUGCGUGGUGAGCAAUCUACACUUUGCUACCUUCACGGAUUUGGCAUGGUCGAACGAUGGCUUGACUUUGAUUAUGAGUUCGUCGGACGGAUUCUGUUCUACGCUCACCUUUACGCCGGGAGAAUUAGGCCAGACGUAUAACGCCCCGGUGGCAACGGCUCACCAGGUUGGAAACGCUGGCGUGCAGCCCACCAGUCACACCACUGUACCGCCGACGAAGCCGAGCCCUGUUGCUGCUCCAGUCAACGCAGCCCAGGCCCCUCCGGCCAGUCCGGCCCGGUCCAACUCCGUGUCUUCAGUUACAACGCAGUCCACUACUCAGCAAGCAACGGGAUCUGUGGUCAACAAUCCAACGCCCACCCUAGGGUCUGUGCCGUUGGUGACGGCGGCUCAUUCAUCGCAACCUCCCACGCUUCCGCUCUCAACACCGCCACAGACACCCUUGUCUGCUGUUUCCCAGAGUGGCACAAGUUCCGUCAGCAAUAGUGUCCUAGGCAAACGUGCGGGCGAGUCCGAGAAGGAAGAAGACCAUACGGUACCACAGGUACAACAACCGAAGAAGAGACGAGUAGCACCAACUCUUGUUUCAGCCGGGAAUGACGCUUCCCGGCCAGACGAGUCUCAGAAGGCCGACGGUAACAGUUAA